GAGGAAAAAAUGUUGUUCAACUUUGAUCUUUCAAUUAAUAUAUUCUCACAUCUUUAUUUUUUCUUCUUUCCCUUAGUAAUAGUCUUGUUAUUUUUCAUCAUGAAUAUUUCAAAAACCAUUUUAACCAAUGUUUUCAUAUAUCCCAAGUCUAUCAAAAUCCCAAGAUCCUAUCCAAUUAUUGGCUCUUAUUUCUCAAUCAAAUCCAAUAUAAAUCGCCGAAUUCAAUGGACAUCUGAAAUUGUUUUAAGUACACUACCAUCUCUUACUUUUACACUUUAUCGACCACUAGGCCAUCGUCAUAUAUUCACAGCCAACCCCUCUAAUGUUGAACACAUUCUCAAAACAUGCUUUCAUAAUUAUCAAAAAGGGUAUCUUGGUAAAGAAACUUUAAAGGAUCUUCUAGGCAAUGGUAUCUUUAAUGCUGAUGGUGAGAUUUGGAAGUACCAAAGAAAACUUGCUAGUCAUGAAUUCAACUCCAAAUCUUUACGUAAGUUCAUUGAGAAUAUUGUAGAUGUUGAACUGUCUGAUCGUCUCAUUCCUAUUCUGACUAUGUCCGCGUCUCAAAAAAGUGUUGUUGACUUUCAAGAUUUGCUUCAAAGGUUCACUUUUGACAACAUUUGCAUGGUUGCUUAUGGGUACGAUCCAGCAUAUUUGUUACCAUCCUUUCCGGAGGCAAAAUUUGCAAAUGCUUUUGAAGAAGUUGUUCGUAUUAGUAGUGAUAGAUUCAAUUCCCUUGCCCCGUUUAUAUGGAAGCUCAAACGAAUUCUCAACGUUGGAUCUGAGAAGAAAUUAAGAGUUUGUGCAACACAAAUUCGCAAUAUGGCUAAGGAAAUGAUUAAGCAAAAGAAGGAAAGAUCAAAUUAUAAUAAGAGGUCUAGUGACGAUCUUCUUUCAAGAUUCUUAAUAAGCUCAUCAGACGAAGAACAAAACAUGCAUGAUGAAGAGUUCAUUAUAGAUAUUGUCAUUAGUUUUAUCUUGGCCGGAAGGGACACAGCUUCUGCUGCACUAACAUGGUUUAUUUGGUUGAUUUCGAAGAAUCCAGAAGUGGAAAAAGCAAUCUUGGAGGAAAUAGCUAAGACGACAAUGUCAUCUUCCUUAACGUAUGAUGAAGUGAAAGACAUGCCAUACACUCAUGCAUCGUUAUGUGAAAGCAUGAGACUUUACCCUCCCGUCCCUGUUGAUACUAAAGAAGCCAUGCAAGAUGAUAUAUUGCCUGAUGGGACAUUUGCAAAGAAAGGAACGCGAAUAAGCUAUCAUCCAUAUGCAAUGGGGAGGGUAGAGGACAUAUGGGGGAAGGACUGGCAGGCUUUUAGGCCAGAAAGAUGGUUGAAAAGGGAUGUCAAGACGGGGAAUUGGAAGUUUGUUCCUAAGGAUCCGUUUGUGUAUCCAGUGUUUCAAGCUGGACCUAGGGUUUGUUUAGGGAAGGACAUGGCGUUCUUGCAAAUGAAGAAGGUGGUGGCCGGAGUUUUACCACGAUUUAGGUUUGUUCCGGUGGUGGAUGAAGGUGAGGAGCCGGUGUUGAUAGCUUACCUUACUAUUAAGGUGAAAGGGGGUCUCAUGGUGAGGAUUGAGGAAAGGACAAAUUAA